AUGGUCAUUGGGAGCGACGUUAUUCCCCAAAUUCUCACACAAGGACUAUAUCAUGUUGCAGACGGCACACUCCUGGCGCAGAACACGAUAUUCGGAUGGAUAAUUAGCGGACCAAUAGCUGAAAAGGUGACGUCAUUCACAACCCAAGUCAUGGAACCCUCGAACGAUGCUCUCAAUACGCUAUUGAAGAAAUUCUGGGAGCAGGAGGAAGUAUACCCUACCCAACCCCGUUCAAAGGAGGAUGAAUACUGCGAGAACCUGUAUGUAGCGACGACAACCCGUCAAGAAAAUGGAAGGUACGUUGUAAAACUGCCUUUCAAGCAAGAAUUUCCUACCACUACAGCACUUGGCCAUUCUCGUCCGGCAGCACAGCAGCAGUACUUAAGCGUAGAGAGUACGCUGCAACGAAAACCCGAACUGCGCGACAAAUAUAACGAAGUGCUAGAGGAGUACGUAACACUAGACCAUAUGACACCUUCCUCAGCCACUGAAAUAAUUAGAGAAGGAAA